UUUGAGUUUUUGAUAGCUAUAAUAAUUUGGUUUGAAAUAUUAUCUGCAAUAAAUUAUGUUAGCAAGAUUUUACAGGAAAAAGAUAUGCUUAUUGAUGUUGCUAUGAAAAAAAUAAAGGAGUUGAUUUCAUAUUUUGAGAAUUAUAGAGAAACCGGUUUUCAUAAGGCAUUGGUUAAUGCUAAGGAAAUUGCGGUUGAAUUGAAUAUCACUCCUACAUUUCCUCAAAGGCGUAUAAUUAAAAGAAAAAGACAAUUUGAUGAGAAUUUGAAUGCCCCAAUAGUUGAGCUAUCUGAAGAGGAAUCUUUCAGGAUUAAUUAUUUUCUUUACCUUGUUGAUCAAGCUGUUGUUUCUCUUAAUAAGAGAUUUGAGCAAUACCAAGAGUAUGAAAGUAUUUUUGGUUUCUUGUUUACUUCUCACAAGUUACAAUCAUUGGAUGAUGCAACUUUGAAGUCUUGUUGUAGUAACUUUGAACGGGUAUUGAAACACAAUGAACAAUCUGAUAUUGAUGGAAAUGAAUUUUUUGCAGAGUUAAAGUUACUUAGAGAAAUGUUGCCUGAAGAAAUCAUAACACCUAUUAAUAUAUUAUUAUUUUCGAAAGGCUUGGAUUGUUUUACUAAUACAUUUUUCAAAAUUGAAGUUGUUAAAGACUUACUUGCGGUCUACCAUGUCACAAGAAAGAUUUAAUGGAUUGACAACAAUAGCAGUUGAAAAUGAUAUUUUGGAAACUAUAAAAUAUGAAGACUUGAUCGAUGAAUUUGCUUCGAAAAGUGUUCGCAGGAUGGCUCUUUUUAAGUAGCUACAUACGUUCAGUGGCCCAUUUUUUGAAGUAGAACAGGGCCUCUGGCUUGAUUGGACCGGCCCUAUUAAAAUAGUAGCAAGGCUUCUAAAAGUUUGACACUAAAAAAACUUGCCAAAAUACUCAUCUUUAUUAUAUUUUAUGAUUGAUAGU